UCUGUCUUUCAGUCUAGGGCUAGGCUACAAAACCGCAUUCUUAUGCGCAAAACAUGCGCAGCUGUGAGCGCAAAAUAAAUAGUUCCGCACACAGACCCAGAGAAAAAAAGUUCUCAUGCUGGGCUGGACAGAACACCACCCGGAGUACCUAGCUAACGUUACGAGGAUUGGGAGCACGCCAAAGACAGCUAACGUAAACUGGGCUUCAUCAAAUCUGGAGGUCCUUUUAACCCAAUAAGAUUUGCUAGCCAAGCGGCGAGAGAAAUAGCAACUUAUAAUGGCCUCGGAAGAGCUUUAUGAGGUUGAGAGAAUUGUGGACAAACGGAAGAACAAGAAAGGAAAGAUUGAGUACCUGGUGCGCUGGAGGGGCUAUGGCUACGAGGGGGACACCUGGGAGCCCGAGACGCACCUCUCUGCCUGUGUGGAGUUCAUUCACGAUUUUAAUCGGCAACACGGCGAAAGACAGAGAGACAGUACUUUACUGCGCUCCACUCGAAGCACUCCCAGCACGACCCACAGUUCGAGAAACAACGCCCGCAAACAGAUCUGCAGGCCUCAGCCACACAGUGGAGCAGGAAGCCAUGCUCUAGUAAAACCCGGGAAUGCCUCUUCCCCCACCGCAGCAGCUACGGCCAUCUCGAAACCGUUGCCACCACUUGACCCUGGCGUGGCACACACUAGAACGAAUAUGCAGCUUAACUUGAGCCAAAAGUACAGUGUUUCGGCCACCGGUGACAUUUGUAGACCUGGCUUCACAAGCGGGCCUGCGGCUUCUCCGGUGGGCACGGUGCGUCGGAGCAUGGACCUGGCGAAGUCCGGGAUCAAAAUCCUAGUACCCAAAAGCCCCAUGAGCAGCCGAGCGGACUCUGAGUCGUCGCCUAGCGAGGCGGCCCACUGUCUGGAGCAAGGGGGUCAGGAACAGGACUCUGUGCCCCCAGAGGUAGCCCUUUUGGAAAAGCCUCCAGGGUUGUUGCUGGGGCCUGGGGAAGAAAGAGCGCGCAUGGGGACCCGGCCCAGGAUUCAAAGCCAAAGCCCAUUAAUUCCUCAGCAAGUUCCCAUCACCCCCGCAUCAAUACGCACACUCAAUGGGAAAGGUACAUCAACACUCAUGGAGGCUCUGGCGGCCAAUGGGACAGCUAGCCUACAGAGUGCAGUGGCAGGAGUCACUGCAGUCUCCGGGGUGGCAGGGAAACGGCGCUUCGAGGAGCAGCGCUCAGUCUUCGACAAGCGCCUUCGGUUCAGCGUCCGGCAGACUGAGAGUGCCUACCGCUAUAGGGACCUUGUCGUCAAGAAGCAGGAUGGCUUCACCCACAUCCUGCUCUCCACCAAGUCCUCGGAGAACAACUCACUUAACCCCGAUGUGAUGAAGGAGAUGCAGAGUGCCAUGGCCACGGCGGCGGCAGACGACAGCAAGCUGGUCCUGCUGAGCGCCGUGGGUAGCAUCUUCUGCUUCGGCCUGGACUUCAUCUACUUCAUUAGACUGCUCACCGACGACCGCAAGAAGGAGAGCAUCAAGAUGGCUGAGACCAUUAGGACAUUCGUGAACACAUUCAUUCAAUUCAAGAAGCCCAUCAUCGUAGCGGUGAAUGGACCGGCGGUGGGCCUCGGAGCCUCUAUCCUCCCGCUGUGUGACGUUGUCUGGGCCAACGAGAAAUCCUGGUUUCAGACGCCCUAUACCACCUACGGACAGACACCCGACGCUUGCGCCUCCCUCACCUUCCCUCGCAUCAUGGGCGUGGCCUCGGCCAAUGAGAUGUUGCUGAGUGGGCGGAAGCUGACAGCCCAGGAGGCCUGCGCUAAAGGCCUCGUGUCCCAGGUGCUGUGGCCUGGGACUUUCACUCAGGAGGUGAUGGUUCGCAUUAGGGAGCUAGUCACUUGUAAUUCAGUUGUCCUGCGGGAGUCCAAAGCACUGGUGCGAAACACAAACCGGGCCGCCCUGGAGCAGGCCAAUGAACGUGAGUGCGAGGCGCUGAAGAGAGUGUGGGGCUCUUCGCAAGGGGUGGACUCCAUCCUCAAAUACCUGCAGAAGAAGAUUGAUGAGUUUUAAGGAAAGCACGUAUUCCCCCUACGUUCCCAAAUAACCAGAAAAACAUGGCGUUCAAUCUGUAGCCUCUCAAUAUCCCACCAUCCCUCUUGCAUGUAUGAGAGUACAGUGCAUUCGGAAAGUAUUCAGACCCCUCUACCUUUUCCACGUUUUGUUACUUUACAACCUUAUUCUAAAAUACAUCGAUUUAAAAAAACAAAAUCCUCAAUCUACAAACAAUACCCCAUAACGACAAAGCAAAAACUAGUUUAGAAAUUUUUGCACAUUUAUUACAAAUAAACUACUGAAAUAUCCCAUUUACGUAAGUAUUCAGACCCUUUACUCAGUACUUUGUUGAAGCACGUUUGGCAGCGAUUACAGCCUUGAGUCUUCUCUGGAGCAAGUUUUCAUUGAGGAUCUCUCUGUACUUUGCUCUGUCCUUAUUUCCCUCGAUCCUGACUGAUCUCCCAGUUCCUGCUGCGGAAAAACAUCCCCACAGCAUGAUGUUGUCACCACCAUGCUUCACAUUAGGGAUGGUGCCAGGUUUCCUCCAGACGUGAUGCUUGGAAUUCAGGCCAAAGAGUUCAACCUUGGUUUCAUCAGACCAGAGAAUAUUGUUUCUCAUGGUCUGAGAGUCUAGGUGCCUUUUUAGCAAACUCCAUAGCGGGCUGUCGUGUGCCUUUUUACUGAGGAGUGGCUUCUGUCUGGCCACUCUACCAUAAAGGUCUGAUUGGUGGAGUAGUGCAGUGAUGGCUGUCCUUCUGAAAGGUUCUCCCAGCUUCACAGAGGAACUGUGGAGCUCUGUCAGUGAACAUUGUGUUCUUGGUCACCUCACUGACAAUUCCUUCGACCUCAUGGCUUGGCUUUUGCUCUGACAUGCACUGUCAACUGUAGGACCUCUUAUAUAGACGGGUGUGCCUUUCCAAAUCAUGUCCAAUCGAGUGAACUUACAACCGGUGGACUCCAAGUUGAAGAAACAUCUCAAGGAUUAUCAAUGGAAACGGGAUGCACCUGAGCUCAAUUGAGUCUCAUAGCAAAGGGUCUGAAUACUUAUGUAAAUUCUCAGAUUUUUAUUUUUGAAUAAAUGUAAACAUUUCUAAACCUGUUUUUGCUUCGUCAUUAUGAGGUAUUGUCGAUUGCUGAGAAACAUUUUAUUUAAUCCAUUUUUAGAAUAAGGCUGUAACAAAAUGUGGAAAGUCAAGGGGUCUGAAUAUUUUCAGAAGGAACUGUAUGUAAUAAAUUGUAUGUGCACACAUUGAAGGGGACCAGCUAAAAAUAACAUUUGUAGACGUUCCUGCUAGACCUUUAAAUCCCGCCUUCCUAGCAUCCUGAUAACCUUGUGUUGACCCUUUACCCAAUAACCCUGACUUACGAAAUACAAUUUCCCAUGCUGCAUUACAGGUUCAACUAAAUUGAAGGGAUUGGAGGAGGAGAAGACAUUGAAUACACAAUGUGUCUUACAUAACAGGGUAUCUGUCCUACUCAGCUCGGGAUUGAUUUGGGUUGGAUGUUGUAUCAACAUGGAUCAGCAUUUAUUUAUGAUGUAACGAAAGAGCAAAUGUAAACAUUCAACAAAAACCCAAGCGACUUCCAUUGUGGAGCUUUGCACUAAGAUGUGAUGCUCUGAACUCAAUUAAGCUGUGUUGGAACUAACUCUUGGGAAAACAGUGUAGCCCAGUGGAUUGGCGGCUUAUUGGAUUCUCUACAUUAACUUUUUCUUUAGACUCCUGUAAGACUUUCCAUACAAAACAGGACUUAUUGCUAUUAAGUUGAAUAACGCCUAGGAUUCAAUCAAAGGCCCGUUGUUGAUAAGCAUAGAGCACUUCACUUUUGAAGGUAAUUUACGCCUGAGAUCUUCGAACGUCAGGGAAGUUUGUCAACAGUGUAGUGCUUUAACAACGCGCCUUUUAAUUGAAUCCGGUCCGAAGUCUGUCUCAGACGAACAUUUAAAGCUCUCGACUGUAUUUAGGUUUGUCUAACUGAUAUAGUCUCUAGAUAUUUCACCCAGGUAGUCUUUUUAUUUAUCUUAUUUGGCUUUGGGGACGGUAUGUGCUACCAAACAGUUUCUAUGGUAAAUUAUUUUGUUUUAAGUUAAGACUUUUAUUAGAAUAUUAUAAUUAAAUAUUCUGCAGCUUCUGAAUUAUUCCUUCCAUGAAACAUGCCCGCAAGGGAGAGACAAUUACAAUAUUCUAAUGCAAUAUUUGUAUGCAGUUGUGAUGAGGCUAGGGUACACAUUAAGGCUCUAGCUAAGCUCCAAAGCAGUGCCUUGUCCUUUACUUAUUUUUCCAUGACUUCACAAAUUGUGGGUUCUGAUCUGACGCGAUUAUCAGUGAGAAUAGCCUGUAAUGUUAUUGCAGUGAAAUCGGGCCAAUGCAGUGUGAUGUGAUAGUUUAUGAAAACUAUCCAAAAAAAGGCACAUGCCAAGACAUGUUUAAUAAAUAUAAUCAGGGAAAACAUGUCAUUUCUCAGUACCAUGAAUAUAGUACCAUAAAUACAUCAGGCACAUGCUUACCCUGAUGUAUUUGUUAAACAUGUCUUGGCAUGUGAGCCUUUUGGAUAGUUAAUAUUCAUGGUACUGAUUUUAAAAUGGUGGAAAAUGUAAUUAUUUAUAUUGUCUGAAAGUAUAUGAAGUAUUUAAAUAUUUAAAGUGCAGCUGGUUUGGACAAAGUAGUUUGUUUUUGAGUCAUUGCUCAUGGUUUGUAAUUGCUGUUACUUCACAUUUAAAAAAUAUAUAUCUUCUUGGGUCAGUCUCACUAUCCACAUCAGAAUUCAGUUUUGGCAUUCAUACAUACUGUGCACUCUGAAAGUAAUCAGACCUUGACUUUCUCCACAUUUGUUACAUUACAGCCUUGUUCUAAAAUGUAUUUAAUAGUCCCCCCCAAUCUACACACCUCAUAAUGAAAACGCAAAAACAGGUUUAGAAUUUCUUAAUUCAUUACAAAUAAACAUAAUUCACAUUUACAUAAGUAAAGCACCUUUGGCAGCGUUUACAACCUUGAGUCUUCUUGGUUCUGACGCUACAAGCUUGGCACACCUGUAUUUGGGGAGUUUCUCCCAUUCUUCUCUGCAGAUCCUCAAGCUCUGUCAGGUUGGAUGGGGAGUGUUGAUGCACAACCAUUUUCAGGUCUCUCUAGAGAUGUUCAAGUCCGGGCCACUCAAGGACAUUGAGACUUGUCAUGAAGCCACUCCUGCGUUGUCUUGGCUGGGUGCUUAAGGUGUUUGUCCUGUUAGAAGGUGAACCUGCUGUUCACUGACAGAGCUCCAGAGUUCCUCUGUGGAGAUGGGAAGAUCUUCCAGAAGGACAACCAUCUCAGCAGCACUCCACCAAUCAGGCCUUUAUGGGAGAGUGGCACGACAGCCCACUAGGAGUUUGCCAAAAGGCACUUAAAGGACUCUGAUCAUGAUAAAUAUCAGAUUCUGUGGUCUGAUGAAACCACGAAUUAAUACUUUGGCCUGAAUGCACCAUCACUACGGUGAAGCAUAGUGGUGGUAGCAUCAUGCUGUGGGGAUGUUUUUCAGCUUUAGGAAGAGUCUUGGUGGUUCCAAACUUAAUUUAAGAAUGAUUGAGGCCACUGUGUUCUUGUGGACAUUCAAUGCUGCAGACAUUUUUUGGUACCCUUCCACAGAUCUGUGACUUGACACAAUCCUUCCUGUCUCUGGCCUCUACGGACCAUUCCUUUGACCUCAUGGCUUGGUUUUUGCGCUGACAUGCACUGUCAACCGUGGGACCUUAUAUAGACAUGUUUGUGCCUUUCCAAAUCAUGUCGAAUCAAUUGAAUUUACCACAGGUGGGCACCAAUCAAGUUGUAAAAACUUCUCAAGGAUGAUCAAUGGAAACAGGAUGCACCUGUGCUCAAUUUCGAGUCUCGUAGCAAAGGGUCUAAAUAUUUGUCCUUUACUCCUUUUAAUACAUUUGCAAACAUUUCUAAAAACCAGUUUUUCCUUUGUCUCAUUAUGGGGUAUUGUGUGUAGAUUGAGAAAAAACAAUGCAUUUAAUCAAUUUGAGAAUAAGGCUGUAAAGUAACUAAAUGUGGAAAAAGUCAAGGGGUCUGAAUACUUUCCGAAUGCACUGUAGAGGUAUCCGAUUGUUACCACUGCACAUUUCAUUCACAUUACAGAUUAAGGGCUGGAUAACAUUUAAAGAGACUUGUUUUUUUUUGUCUUUGACCUAUACCCUCUCCAGGAAAGAUGCAAUUUGCCCCCAAAUAUUGUGCCUGAUAAGCAUGUCAUAUCUCCUUGUUUUAUUAAACAUUUGUAUCACUGAAGGCUGAUUAGAAAUUUUAGCAGCCAUUUAACACUUGGACCAGAGUAGCUUAGUUAAUGUAUACAUAAGAUCACCCAUACUGCACCUCCUCAAUCCAAUGUUUUAAGCAUUUUUCUUGUUGACAAAAAGUGCAAGAGAUUAUUUAAACAAUGUGUCUUAUGUUAACACAGCAUGAUGCCAAGAGGCUUGUCUAGUCACACAGAAUUCACUCUGUUGAAAUUGGCCCUAUUUUGGUACAGCAGCAAAAUAUUUUACUAAGUCUGAAUUGUAUAACCCUCACCCUUCCAAUUUUUCAGGCUGAAGAACUACAGUAUGUACUGUGUGAACUGCCUUUAGACUGAAAUCCUGGUACAGUAUGUUUGCAUACAGUACAAGGGACCUAUUUUGUUGUACAGUAAGUAUAAUAUUUACUAUCUGUAAAGUUGUUUUUAUAUAGAUGCUGAAAUCUAUACUCGCUAUGAAAAUAAACUGUUAGAACUUGUUAA